CCUGAAGCGUGGGUUUGGAACGCAACACGGUUGUUUGGUUUAUUUUGAAGGUAUUGUUCCCUUGAUUUUGAAAGAAAGAUCAAGCUCAAAAUAAAGCAUAAUCAGUACAUCCCGAUUGUGUCGGAAUUGUAAUAUUUCCUAAAAACUAAUUUGAUUGUAAUAGUGUCUGGUGUUUGUAUAAAUUUAUCAUAAUCAUGAAUCGUAGAAGAGGACAUGAUGAUGACGAUGUAUACGACCGCUUACACAGAAAAAGACGGCGUAUUGUUCCCUUGAUUUUGAAAGAAAGAUCAAGCUCAAAAUAAAGCAUAAUCAGUACAUCCCGAUUGUGUCGGAAUUGUAAUAUUUCCUAAAAACUAAUUUGAUUGUAAUAGUGUCUGGUGUUUGUAUAAAUUUAUCAUAAUCAUGAAUCGUAGAAGAGGACAUGAUGAUGACGAUGUAUACGACCGCUUACACAGAAAAAGACGGCGUGUUUCAGAAAAUCAAGAGAUAGAGGAUAGAUUAGAAUCGUUAAUUCUUAGAGUUGGUGAAAAAAGUAGUUCCAGUCUGGAAAGCAAUUUGGAGGGCCUAGCAAGCGUUUUGGAAGCAGAUUUGAGUACUUUUCGAGUAAAAAUUCUCCGCAUUCUUACAGAUUGUGCAAUUCGUAUGCCUGAAAAAUGUACUAUCUAUGCUACAUUGGUUGGUUUGCUCAAUGCUAAAAACUAUAAUUUCGGUGGAGAGUUUGUUGAUUACAUUGUUAAGACUUUCAAAGAAAAUUUAAAGAUUGGAAAAUGGAAUGCUGCAAGAUAUUGUCUUAGAUUCAUAUCCGACUUAGUGAACUGUCAUGUUUUAGCUGCUUCAUCUUUGUUGACUUUAUUGGAAACUCUAGUAGAUUGUGCAAAUGAAGAUGGAGUGCCUCAGGUCAGAAGAGAUUGGUUUGUUUUUGCUGUUUUGUCUGCCCUUCCCUGGGUGGGUCGUGAGUUGUAUGAAAAGAAAGAAUCUCAAUUAGAACAUUUACUUGUAACUAUUGAGGUAUUUUUGAACAAACGCAGCAAGAAACAUUGGCCUGCUUUAAAGGUGUGGUCAGCAGAUACUCCACACCUGCAAGAAGAAUAUUUAGAUUGCCUAUGGGCACAAAUAAAGAAAUUGAGACAAGAUAAUUGGUCAGAAAAGCACAUACCCAGACCAUAUUUGGCAUUCGACUCCAUUUUGUGUGAAGCUUUGCAACAUACACUUCCAGCAAUUCAGCCUCCUCCUCAUAAUGAUGGUGAUACUUAUCCCAUGCCCAGGGUUAUAUUCCGCAUGUUUGACUACACGGACUGCCCAGAUGGUCCUGUACUUCCGGGAGCUCACUCUAUUGAGAGAUUUCUCAUUGAAGAGCAUUUACAUAAUAUACUUGAGGCAUAUCAUCUGGAGCGAAAGGAAUGCGCUGCCCAACUGAUCUGUUUUCCUUACAAAACUAAGAUACCUUUGGAGUAUUGUAUUGUAGAGGUUAUAUUUGCUGAGCUCUUUAAUCUUCCCAGACCAAGAUACUUGGAAAUAUGUUAUGGAUCCAUACUGAUUGAGCUGUGUAAACUGCAGCCAUCGACUAUGCCACAAGUUUUGGCACAGGCUACUGAGAUUCUAUUUCUGAGAAUUGAUACUAUGAAUGUCGCUUGUUUUGACAGAUUUGUAAACUGGUUUUCGUAUCACCUGAGUAAUUUCCAGUAUCGUUGGUCAUGGGAUGACUGGGAAGGCUGCCUCCAGCUGGAAUUAGACCACCCAAAACCACGUUUUAUACGUGAGGUCCUUGGCAAGUGUCUCAGGCUAUCAUAUUUUCAACGGAUUAAGGAUGUUGCACCAGAAUCAUUUGCAGCCUUAGUUCCCUUAAAACCAGAGCCCAUAUAUAAAUAUUCGAUGGAAGGAGCAGCGUCUCUGCCAGGCACUGAAGCUGCUCACCAGUUAGUAGUCAACGUGCGUAACAAAUGCACGCCCGAGGAGGCCUUGAACGUCCUCCGGGAACUUCCGAACCCUUUAAGGGAAGGCGAGCAGCCGGCGACCGCACAGGCUGCGCCCCACAACCCGCUCAAGAUAGACGUGUUUGUGCAGACCCUGCUAAACCUCGGCAGCAAGAGCAUCAGCCACAGCUUCGCUGCGAUAUCCAAGUUUCAUUACGUCUUCAAGAUCUUAGCCGAAUCCGAGGAGGCUCAGAUCUGCAUUCUUCGCAACGUAUGGGAGCUAUGGCAGCGUCACCCACAAAUGGUGUGCGUUCUAGUGGACAAGAUGCUCAAGACUCAGAUUGUGGAGUGCAGCGCUGUCGCCACCUGGCUGUUUUCUAAGGAAAUGGCCUCAUUCUUCACGCACGGAUACCUCUGGGAAGUCCUGCACCUGACCAUUGAUAAGAUGAAUAAACAUGUCACUAAACUUAGUGGUGAGUUGCAAGAAGCUAGAGAAGCUUUAGCUAGAGCCGAUUCCAGCAGUUCGGAUUCAGAAGACGAAAGCGGAAGCAAGAAAAAGAAAGAUCAAGAUAAACCUACAGAAGAGGCUGUAGAGCGCAUGGAGGAGCGCUUAGAAGCUGCUCACACGGACCAGAAGCGACUAUUCCUGAUCGUGUUCCAGCGGUUCAUCAUGAUAUUGUCGGAGCACCUGGUGCGCUGUGAUACUGACGCGCGCGAUCCCGACACUCACUGGUACCGCAGCACUGUGGGCCGGCUGCGACAGGUGUUCCUGGUGCACCACGAGCAGGUGCAGAAAUACAGCAGCACGCUGGAGACGCUGCUGUUUACUCAGGACCUGGAUCCGCAUAUUCUCGACGUGUUCCACCAGUUCGUGGCGCUCACGGCUUAAUUUUGAUCAAAAUACCACAAUGCACCAUUGACUACCACCAUCAACUAAAUCAUUUAAUGAGGAGCUGGCGAACGAAACGGUAUAAUUACGCAUCUGGCCAGACUACAUUUUUUUACAGUCCGGAGGAUACGGGCCCGUUGAAUUUGGAUCACAAGUAAUUUUCAAACAAAACCGCUUAAAACAAUUUUAAAAUACUAAAUUUAUAAAUUAAAAACCAUGCCAAAAGCUCACUGUAGGUAUGUCAUUCAGUUUUAAUCAGCUCCUGUAAAAUUUAAUUUUAUGUAAUUAUACCGUUUUGUUCGCCAGCUCCUCAAAUGUUAUCUGUCACAAUGCAAUAUCAAAUAGUCUUGAUCUGUGUAACACAAGGAAUAUAAUUCUAAUAUUUGUAUUGGUAACUACAUAUUUUUAUGUAAAUGUCGCUACUUCAUAAAUAGCUGAGAAGGUUUUUUUCGCCUGUUCUUUUUGUCAGCUAAAAGACGUACUCAAAAAAGUAAGAAAAAAAUAUAUAAGGACGAUUCAAAAGUGCUUUUUAAUAAGUCAACUUGAAUAAAGUUUUCAUUUCAUUGAUGAUGCAAGACAAUAAUGCAUACAAUACAGAGGGGGUGUUGGGGUAGUUAAUUGUCUAAUUUCAGCACGAAUGUUUUGACCGAACUUUUGUUAUGAAUGACGAAGCAGCGAUAUUGUUCAAUUAAUCCCUUUUUAGAGGCAUUCAGGCAGAUAUAACAUAACUAAAUAAUUAAAUAACAAUAGAUACCCUCAAUAAAUGUUUUUUUAAAUAUUUUAUGGUUUUUUGGGAAUUAUUUUGUAUUUGAAACAAAACGGGUCGGAACAAUAUUUUCUUGGAAAAUAGUUUUGAUAUGAAAAUCUUUCUAACUUAAAGUUGCCGUACGUGAUAAGUGUUGAAGAUAGACAAUUGGGUCUCGGACACCGAAAAUUUGAGGUGUACGCACAGAAUACCAGAGGAAAGCGCAUUUCUAUAGAAACCGAAGAGCUCGAUUUCGGGAGAACUUCCGUUGAUAUCAUAGAUCUAAUGAAAAGUGACUUCAUGAAUCAUCUCAUAUUGAAAUCUAUUUUCAUAUUAAAUACUAGGGAAAUAACAGCCAUUGCUGAAUUUCUUGACGGUUCUACUCAGUAUUAAGGGCUUGAGGUCCGAUGGCGUAAUGACUUUCAUAAGAGUUUUUAACAGCACUAAUUGAAUAAAAUAUAUUGAUUUAGAAUUAGAAAACGGUCAUAGCAUGCCGGAGAUGUAAGCUAAAUUCGAACGUGAACGUUAUAGAGUUCUACAAAGCUCGCGUGGCCGGGCCCCAUUAUUGUGUGUGAUAAGGAUUCACCAUGCGUUGGUUUUGUUUACAUUAACUAAUUACUUCUUUACUUCUGCGUAGCUUUUUUUUCACUUUUGUUUCUUUGUUCGUUGCUGUUGCAGAAUAGUUGUUGUUAUUCUCGUAGGUACCUCUUCUCCAAUUAGGCUUCCGUAGCAGCUUCGACUCGGUUGUAGUAUAUACAUUGGCCUUGACAUUCGCUUGCAGUUCCUGUGGUAACUUCGUAUGAUGCAAGAAAUUGCCGGUUCUCCAUAAAUAUUACACUUUUUAAGUACAGACAAUUUCGCGUGGUAGUACUUAGUCAUCUUCAUCGAUUCUAGUUUCGUUCUUGCUAACAUUUCUUCCAGUCUAUUAACAAAGCCAGUUGAUCGUGGAACAGCGGUUUGGAGUGCUUGUUUCCAUUCUUGCCAGGUCAAAUCGUAGUCCUCUAGGUCGUCUUACCAUUGUCGUGUAGAGCCUCGAAGAAUAGAAUUGGCGAUCUUGACUAUUCCAGCCAUAGACAUCUCCGAGUUGGUCAAUCUUAUGUAACCAGUUUUUGAUGUUGCUUGAUUUGUCUUCCGGGCGAAACUUUGGUAUUACUUCAGCAUAAGUUGGGGUAACUCGUAGUCUCUUGUUAGAUUGCGGCGCUAUGUGUUGUUCUUCAAAGAAAAAGAAUUCUUUAUCUUCGUCCAUUGACGACGAUGCAAUCGAAUCUCUGUGGUGGCGCUUGCCGAGGCCAAGAAUGUAAGGUCUAGGCAUUAUCCUUAAUCCCACUUCUGAAGUAUAACAGAAGUUGGGUCAGGGUGUCGAAAUUAAAAUGCGGUUAUAUUCAAGUAACGUGUUCAGUCACCAGUAUAAAUAAAACUACAUCCCGGGCCCCUAUUACAAUCUCGAAACAAAGAAACAAAAGUUAAGACUACGCAGAAGUAAUUAGUUAAUGUUAACAAAACCAAAGCAUGGCGGUUAAUCCUUAUCACACACAAUAAUGGGGCUAUAACAGAACUUAAAUUGACAACAGUGUAUCCUUGUCAUUUUCUAUACAGAACGAAGAGGAGAGACUGAUGUAGGAUUUAGUUUUACUACUCGAUCGCUUCGUCUUUUUCACACUUCUCUCUCUUUUGGUAGUACUAUUCUCUCUUUCUGGGGUAAUCAAUUAAAUGCAAUUAGUGCCCUUAGCACGAACCAAUAUCGAAUUCGAUUAGUUGGAUUCGACUUCUUGAUACAGUUCGUGCUGAGGGUACAAUUCAUUCUGUCUAUGGUUGAUGUAGUUGAUAUCAUUCGUUACGGUCUAUUUAUAGAGCUGCACUUCUGGCUGUUAUUCUGCGGUGUGCGAGCACUUUUUUUUUAACUUGUAACUAUUUUUUUGUGCAGAGAUGCACGAUUGAAAAGACUUUCUGUAUUAUGUUAAAAACACCAUACUGUCAAGUUUCGAAUUAUUUAAAAAUAAAAUAUGGUCGCACGUAGUAUGAAAUUAUAGAUACAUUUAUAACCUUAGGUACAUAUGUUUAAGAAUGAUUUUAUUUAUUAUCUUUCUUUCCGACCAAAAUUGGUUCCGAAAUUGUGCACUUGUAAGGGUGAAGCCAAACGAGCGUAAUUUUGUGAGUUGUGAGUCGCUUAUUUUCGGUCACUUAUUUUACGUUCAACUGAACUUCUGUUGAGCUGCCAUACGAACGUAAUUUAUUCAGUUACUAUUGAGCGUUAGUACGGGGUGUUCGUGUCGUCGAGUGCAAUGGAUCCAUUAAAAAUAUUGUGUAUUUACGAAGCAUAUUCAGAAGAUGAGGUCAGAAAAAGAAACUGGGUAAACCCACUGAAUAGUCAGAGGCUGAUAUGUGGACAGUUCCAUACUUUAUAUGAACGUUUAUGUGCUAAUCCAGAUAUGUUUGAAAAGUACUAUCAUAUGCCAUUACGUGUUUUUCAAGAAUUAUUACACCACGCAACUUGUAACAAACUGUUGCUUCCCCACUCCCCUUCCUUGUCCUACCCUCACCCCGACCGAAAUUCGGACGAGCUUAUGCGCAUUGAGUCGGCAGACAACUCAUUUUGCGUUGUCGUGUGGCACCAACUGCCUUUUUGUAUGAAACCGAAUGCAGCAGAAUAUCUGCGACCGAAAUUCUGCGACUCACUACUCACAAAAUUACUUUAUGACUCACCCUAAGUCGAGUAUUUGAAAAUACUACGAUGCUAAUAAUUUAAGCUAUUCAAUAAGAUGCAAUUUAUGUUGUAGUUAAUAAGUGUAGCUGUUAUUAUUUUAUGUAAAUAAAAUAUUGUAAACUAUUUAUGUUUUUAUUUCAAAUUUUACCUCGCCUUUUGACUGAUACACUAGUCAGAUUUCAAGUAUAUA